UAAUAAGUGUCCAGGCGCGUGUUUCCUCGGCUCAGUGAAGGUGUAGAAAGUGAGAAGAAGCAGCAGAUCGGUGCUCUGUAAACCACCUCAGUGACAAUGGGCAAGAUCGAGUGGGCAAUGUGGGCUAAUGAACAAGCUCUAGCGGCUGGACUCAUUUAUCUCACUGGUGGCAUCGUAGGAGUGGCAGGUCAGUUCAGAGACUGGGAGUUCGCUGCUUAUGGGAUAGCUGCAGGUGUGUUCGUGUGUGUGCUGGAGUACCCACGCAGCAGGAGAGCCAAAGGAACCAGUGUUGCGAGAACUGGUCAGUAUUGCUUCACUGUGUGUGUCAAGGCAUUUGGCCCUCUGACUAGAAAUUACUACGUUCGAGCAGUACUUCAUGCGGCGCUCAGUGUUCCUGGAGGUUUCAUGCUUGCGACAGUUUUAGGCUGUGUCUGUCUUGGGAUAGCCAGUCUUAUCUACUUCUCAGCAGCCAUUCACGGCGAGCACUGGGAACCCAUUUUGCCAAAGGAAGAACCCAUGAAACGUGUUGCUCCAAGCAUCAGGCAGCCCCCUCAGAACCCCCCACCACGCCCUCCUCCUGAGAUUCGCAGGAAGAGAACGGAUGACCUCGAGGCUGCAUCAUAUACCAACCCCAUGCCUGUGACUGCCGACGAACAAUGAACAGCCAAAUCGUAAGGAUUCUAAUUCAGCUGGCACACCGAGGGGGAGGGAGAGAGAAAGGACGGAGUACCUGCUGCACCAACGAGACAGAAGUGCAUACACACUUUACUGCAGAAUCACUCCGUUCACAUGAACGACUUUUAAAGAGAUGUGUUCGGUCCUGUUUGCAGUCUUAAUGUCAUGUUACUGCUUAUUUUAUCAGUGUUUUUGUGAGGUAGUUUGCAAGAAGAUGGUCUGGUCACACACUGAUUAUUCUGCUUCUGUCACACUAUGGAGAAGAUUUAUACAGCUUUGUACAGUUGAGUGCAAAAGUUUGUGCACCCUUACAUCACAUUCAUGAUACAGUACCAACCCUCAAAUUAAUUCAAGAUAUGACUGGUUUUAAUUACAGUCAUAAUUAUUAAAUAACACAACAAUGAAAGGAAUGAAAUAAUAUUUCUGAAUCCUAACGUUCAUUCCACUUGUCUUGGAGGAUUUUAUCUUCAACUCUUUGGUCAGAUCUUAGUCAUGGCAAAGUGCUCCGGACUUUGAACCUGUUUGAACUUUUAAUAUAAAAAUUAAAUAAAUUCACUGAGGUUUGUGAAAAGGGGUGCAAACGUUUUUUGAGAUUGCUAAGAGAGCUCGUUAGACUCGUUUGCUUUGAUAUUAAGAUACUCGAAACCAGGGAGGUGCACUCAACUGUACAUUGUACAGAUAAGUAUUACUGUUGACCAAAAAAUCCUAGUGUGUACACGUCAUACUGGAUGAUUUUUCUGUCCAAAACCACCACAAUUAGUUAACACCCGCAUUCGUUCAGAAGGUGUGUAUGAACACGUGUGUGUGUGUGUGUGUGUAUAAAAUCACAAAAAGGGCUGAACUUGGGAUUUUUGUCUUCAAGGAAAUGAAAGCAAAACUCACUGGUGAUUAAUAAUCUAUGUGCUUCAUAUGUCAUCAAUCUGUCAGUGUAUUUAUAUUAUCACAAUUUUAUAAUUUUUUUUUACAUAUAUAUAUGUAUAUUUUAAUAUCUACACUGUUUCAAAAAGAACAAAUGUUAAUGAAACAUCCGAUAGACUGAUACAGUAUAUCUGUACCGACAAUAGGGUGCAUCAGUUGCCCUCACUUUCAUAAAAUCUGAUGCGUUUUUGUCUGGGUGUUCUUUUUCACCAAUAAAGACAUCCUGUAAAAUUUUUGGACCAUAUUCAAAAGUCUAAUGGUGGCACCAUGAGGUUCAUUUUUUUUUUUGCCAAAAAAACGCUUAUUUUAUGUUCCCGCGUAAGGUUUGAAUCACAAUGUUGGACUCCGUUUAUUGAUUUCUUGUGACCCAGAGAUCAUGUUAAGAACCUUUUGCAAGGGACUGAGAAGCGUUAAUGUGAUUCAUAAUACAUUUGUAUUGUUUAAAAGUAGUUGAACAAUGAUUCAAUGACCCGCUAAAACUCAAACUGUGCUUGAUAAUAUAUUUAGAAUAUGCACUAAAAAUGUGUAUCUAAGAUAUUUGGUAUACUCUAUAAGAUGCCAUAAUGUUUCAUGAAAAGUGAUCGAAAUUUUGUCAUAAAAUAGCAGCUUUUUCCAUAACUUUGAGCUCCUGGUGCCACCAUUAAACUUUAGAAUUUUGUCAAAAUAUUUCACCCAGUGUGUUUCCUUACCAAAAGGAACAUGAUCGAAGGAACUUUUCAUUUUUAGGGGGCUACUGAUGCACCUUAACCGACAAAUCUGUUUUUUAUUUGGACUGUGUUACAGCUCUGUAUUCAGUGAUAAUAAAUAGCCUACUAUAUGUCA